UCAAAUUCCCAGCUGUUUUGUAAUAUUUGUUUUAUUAUUUUUUUGUUUUGUUGCUUUUACAAUAAAAUAACAAUAAUUAGUAAAAGUUUUAUUUAUAAUUUGCGUGAAAUAUUUAAAAAAAAGUAUACAUUUUAGUUUGUUUUAAAUAAAUGUUAGACAAAAUGUCCUUAGAUGUGAAUAGAGCCGAUGAGAAAAUUUUAACCAGCAUACAGCAGGAGUAUAAAAUUUUAGCAGAAUAUAAAAUGGUUGAAUCUGAAAAGAUAGGCGGCAUGUAUGUUAUUCCUUCUUUUGGCAAUUCGCUGUUAUGGUAUGGUGUAAUAUUUGUAAGAACUGGAUUCUAUGACCAAGGCGUAUUUCGCUUCAAUAUACUUUUACCCGACAAAUUUCCAGAGGACAAAACCGUACCGACCGUUAUUUUUCAAAAUGAAAUCUUCCAUCCCUUAAUAUGUCCGUUCACCGGCACUCUCGAUCUAUCACAUGCCUUUCCACACUGGCGUUGUGGUGAAGAUCAUAUAUGGCAACUUUUAAAGUACAUACAAGCAAUAUUCAAUGAUCCUGUAGACUGUAUACGUGUAAAUUCGGCAACCACUAUAAAAUGGCAAAAUAAUGAGGCGGUAGAAUUAUUAACCCAAAAUCGUGCGGGUUAUAUAGCACGAGCAAAAGAAUGUGUUGCUAGCAGUAAAGAACAUGUAUAUGAUGCACCGCCUACCGAUGAUCCCCACUACAUAUCAUUUGAAGAAUUCAACGAUGAAAUACAUGGAGCAAUUAAAGAACGCAUUAGAGAGGGUAAGGAACCAUCUGCUAAUACAAAUAACACACAAGCUAAAGGUCUAUCGUGGGUAAAAGAAGGCGAAUACACUCCUUUGAGCAUGGAAUAGUAUAAAAUAUUUUACUUUAUUUACAAUUCAUAAUAUUCCUUUACAAUUUUUAAUCAUUUAACAAUAUAUGUUUGUAGUAUAUUAUUAAUAUUAGUAUAGAAAAAAAAUUUUUUUGUUCAUUAUUGUAUUUCUUUAUUAGAGUUUAUACCAUAACGUUGUGUAUUGACGAUCCAAUCAUUUUGUAAUAAAAGUUUUUUACCUUUCCACCAAA